GAAUCUUCCCUUAGCCCACACCCGCUGUCACGUGACUUUCCCCUCCCUCUCUCUGUGACGACUAUUUCGGGAGAAACGAAACCGAAACCGGCGUCUGUGCAGUCACUCCACAUCUCGGUCCUUCCUUCUGUUCUCCAGCGUUGUCUGUGCAUAAUUCCUCCUGACGCGGCGGAAGUGUGACCGGAAGACCCGCUGCCAGCCUGAGGCCGGGAGAGCAGUUCUUUAUCGAGUUGCAUUAUGGAAGAACAGAACUAUAAAGGAAUGCUUAUAAACCACUGUUUUUUGUCUGGGCUGACCUAUCGCUUUAAUAACUCCAGGACAGGACCAUCUCAUGAUCCAAGAUUUACCGCCUAUGCAUUUGUAAAUGAAGAAGUACGUGGAGAAGGACAAGACAGAACGAAAAAGGCGGCUGAGAACCUUGCAUGCAAAAUGGCUUUGCUCUCUCUGCAAAACAAAGAUCAGAAAAACAUUGAGGCGGCUCAACCAGCAGGAAAUCCUGCAUCCCUCGGCAAUCCUGUAGCAUUAAAUAUAAGAGAUGUAGCAAGUCCAUCAUCACUGGUUAAUGGAGCUGCCAGUAACAUUAUGUAUGACGUAAAUUAUGUUGGACUCUUCAAUGAGUUUUGCCAGAGAAAUAAAUGCUUGGAUGCUAGUUUUGUGGAUACACGCAGAGGACUUUCUCAUAUGCCGGAAUUUUUCUGCCAUGCAUUAAUUGGUCAAAGGAAAUUUCCAGAAGCUACAGGAAAAAACAAGAAAGAAGCAAAGAAGAAUGCUGCACAACUGGCAUUAAAAGUGCUAAAGCCGGAAUAUUUGGAGGAUCUUCAGCUCCAGAGGAUCCCUGGACUAGAUGAUAUAGAAGAAGCAAAAGAAAACAAUUCCAAAUCUGAAAGUUCUGAAGACACUUCUGCAAGUGCACAGAAGACAGAAAAUGAACCUUUACAGUCAGAAAGCAGUGAUUUCCAGAUCACAUUUCGCUCCUCAGCCACUGGAACUCCAUCAGGACAAAGCAGACCACAGAGACGUAUUGAGUUAGCAGCUAACUUUACAAACCUUGAGCCAGUAUCAGCUGGUGGGACCACUCAAGACACAAUCUUUCUACGAGAUUUUGACGAUAUUAAAUCUCUUGAUUCUGGUGGAUAUGGAAAAGUAUACAAGGCAAGAAAAAAACUUGACCAAAAAUACUAUGUUGUCAAAGAAAUAAAGUGGCGUUCAGAAAAAGAUGUCAAUGAGAUCCAGACGUUAGCUCAGUUAGAACAUAAGAACAUUGUCCGGUACUAUCAUUCCUGGGCUGGAGAAGACUUCAUUCAAGAUAGUAGCAGCAGUGGCAGACAUAAAGUUAAGGCCCUAUUCAUUCAGAUGGAAUUUUGUGCAAAUGGAACAUUGGAAAAGUGGAUCAAAACCAUGAAAACAAUUGAUAAGUGCAAAAGUCUUAACAUUUUCAGGCAAAUCAUUGAUGGAGUGGAGUACAUUCACAGUAAUAAUCUAAUCCACAGAGACUUGAAACCAGCAAAUAUAUUGUUUGCACAAGAUAUGACUGUGAAAAUAGCAGAUUUUGGACUGGUGACUCCAAUAAGUGCUAACCACAAAAAAGAACCCCUUUUGCGAACUGUUGGACGGGGAACUGAAAGUUACAUGGCACCAGAACAGGAGAAUGCAACCUAUGAAAAUGAAGUUGAUAUCUUCCCAUUGGGACUGAUAUUGAUUGAACUCUUCUGGAAGUUUGACUUUAAAUACAAAUAUCUAGAAUGGGAGAAACUAAGAAAUGCUGAAUUGCCCCAAGAAUUUGUACAACAAUUUCCUACUGAGGAAUCGAUGAUCAGGUCGAUGUUGUCAAAGGAGCCUACGAAAAGACCAAAAGCCUCCUACUUGAAGCAGUAUUUUGAAGAAAAGUCUAUUUACUAUUCAAAAACUCGAUGAUAGGUUGAUCUUCACAGGAAAAGAAAUAUCCACAAUCUUCAUUCAGAACAAUGGACAGCAUGUCAUCCUUUACUGACAUCUCAGAUGAGUCCUUUCUACACCCAGGAUGUUGUUAAAGGGGUAUU